CAAUAAUAAAGUGUGUGAUAAAUACACUUUUCUUAUCUUAUCUUCUUUUCUUCUUCUUUUCUACUUCUUCUUCUUUCCUUUAUACAUAAAAAAAAAAUGUCCUCAAUUUUAAAAUUAAAUAUUAUAUCAGAUACAGACGUUAUAAAUACUUUUAUUGAUGGCAAUAGUAUAAUACCUAAUGAAAGUUAUGUUAUUUCUGGCAGAGUUGAAAUUGAAUUAGCACAUCCAAUACAGAUUCGUCAGCUUAUGGUAGAAUUUAAAGGGAGAAUUGAAUGUAUCAUUACUUCUUCGGAUUAUUUUCAAGAUAAUACAUAUAACACAGCGUGUAAAGAUGAAAUACCCCUUGGAAAAUGGUUUACUAUCACAUCCAAUAAUGAAUUAGGCUUUAUUGAUAAAAUAACACGAAAGGCAGCUGGUCAGAGUAAAUGUUUUAUCGAUAUUUGCCAUGAACAACUUAUUCUUCUAGACGAACCAGAGAUAUUAGACAUAGGGAAAAAGAGUUGGCCUUUUUCAUUAAAGAUUAAUAAUGUUCAUCUUUUACCACCUUCUCUUCUAACACCUCAUCAUACAAUUCAAUAUCUACUUUCUGCUAAUAUUAAAUUAAACUCAUUUCGUGAAAGAUUUAAAAUCUCUUAUUGGAAUGCUUUACAUAUCAAUAAUCGCAAAAAACUGAAGGGGGGAAAUUCAUCUCUUAUUUCACCUAUAAUAACGACUGUAUCACAAUCAUCGUCUCUUCAUCAUCACAAUAAUCGACUUCCCUUCACUGUAAUAGAAGAUACCAGUAACAACAACAACACGGUUAAUUAUUACUUAAGAAACAACAAACGACAAUUACUUCAUGUAACCAACAUGAUUCAAAUAUGUCGACAUACUUAUCCAAGUCUUUAUUCACUUUACUCUGUACCUCGAGUCCGAUAUCGUGGUUGUCGACAGGGCCGUAUCCAGUAUGAAGUAGGCUUAUCUAAAUUUACCUGCUUACAGAAAAGGGGAUUUCCUUUUGUUUGCACUUUUAAUUCAAUUAGUGAAGAUGCUAUCAUUGACACAUUAGAAUAUUAUCUUGAGCAAACUGAGAUAUAUCCGAUUCGAGCUGGGAACUUUAAUUUGAUGUCUAAAUAUUCACCUGAUUCUAUGAUAACUCGACGUCGAAGAUUCUCUCGUACUAAACAUGAUAUGAAUAAUUAUAGAAACGGAGAGGAAUUAAAAUUUAUACUGCCUUUAAAUUUACCACAUAUUGCACCACAAAUUCAAACAGAUAUUUUACAAAUCAGUCAUAAAUUACGUUUAGCUAUUAAAUUUAAAGAUAGGAAAAAAGAAAGAGAUAUGUCACUUAGUUUUGUCUUAAAUUUGGGUACAGUUCCGGGCUCAUAUUCAUCAAGCAACCAUCCUUCUUUAUCAGCGACGAACGCUAUACAUGUACGGCAUGAAUUAGUUAAUCAAUGGCCUCUAAUAACCUCAGAAGAAGAGCAACAGUCACCUUUAUGUUAUGAGGAACUUAAUAAAUUACCAAGUUAUCAAGAAGUAAUCCUUGAGGGAAGUCCCCCUUCUCCUUUCUUGGAAGAUCAUUAUUAACAUUUACAUAUUCAUUAUUCCAUUCUAUUUAAAUAUGCAUCCAUUCAUUAAACUAUAUACGCAUUACCAUAUAUAUAAAAUACGUUGAUUAAUAUCUUUAUACGUUAAGGCAUAAUUUUAAUUAAAAGUAAAAUUCACUCUUUAUUAAUUUUUAAUAUCAUAUUCUCUGCGAAAGAAAUUGACGAUUAUCAAUCAUAUAAAUCACCCAGAAUCUUAACUCUAACGUUAUCUCUCUAUCUAUCUCUAUCUCACUUUCUCUCACUUUCUCACUUUCUCAUUUUCUCUCACUUUCUCUCACUUUCUCUCUCUCUUUUUUUUUCUGUCCCUUAUAAUACAUUCACUUAACAUCUUGUUACUUUUUUCUUUACUUUACUUUAU